AUGAGGGUCGAUAGACACUGGUCGGACAAGAAGCUGGAGGAGAUGACGGAGAGGGAUUGGAGGAUUUUCAGGGAAGAUUUCAACAUCUCUUACAAGGGCCCUAGGAUCCCUCGCCCCAUGAGGAACUGGGCUGAGAGCAAGUUGAGCGCUGAGUUGCUGAGGGCGGUUGAGAGGGCAGGAUACAAGUCUCCUUCCCCGAUUCAGAUGGCUGCCAUUCCUCUUGGCCUUCAGCAGCGAGACGUGAUUGGCAUUGCCGAGACAGGAUCAGGUAAAACGGCCGCCUUUGUUCUUCCUAUGCUGACUUACAUAACUAGACUUCCCCCUAUAAGCGAGGAGAACGAGGCCGAGGGGCCCCACGCAGUUGUCAUGGCUCCCACCAGAGAGCUUGCUCAGCAGAUUGAAGACGAGACCACCAAAUUCGCUCACUACAUGGGGAUCAAAGUGGUUUCUAUUGUCGGUGGGCAGUCCAUAGCAGAGCAAGGGCUUAAGAUUAGGCAGGGAUGUGAGGUUGUGAUUGCUACUCCCGGGCGUCUUCUCGAUUGCCUGGAGAGAAGAUAUGUUGUUCUGAACCAGUGUAAUUAUGUUGUUCUUGACGAGGCUGAUCGCAUGAUCGACAUGGGUUUCGAACCCCAAGUGGUGGGUGUAUUGGAUGUGAUGCCUUCGAGUAAUAUGAAGCCGGAGAAUGAGGAUGAAGAGCUCGACGAGAGGAGGAUAUACAGAACCACUUACAUGUUCAGUGCUACAAUGGCACCUGCCGUGGAGCGGCUCGCAAGGAAGUACUUGAGGAAUCCGGUUGUGGUCAAUAUCGGUACUGCAGGGAAGGCGACUGAUCUCAUCAGUCAACACGUGAUUAUGAUGCAUGAGAAUGACAAAAUGGAUAGGUUGAAGAAACUGCUGGACAAGCUCGGUGACAAGACAGCUAUCGUGUUUGUUAACACGAAGAAAGUUGCCGACAAUGUUGCGAAAACUUUGGAUAAAGAGGGUUACAGGGUAACCACACUGCACGGAGGGAAGUCACAGGAACAAAGAGAAAUAAGCCUUGAAGGUUUUAGGACAAAGAGAUACAAUGUACUGGUUGCAACAGAUGUAGCUGGACGUGGUAUCGAUAUACCUGAUGUGGCACGCAUCAUAAACCAUGACAUGCCGAACAAUAUUGAAGCCUAUACUCAUCGUAUUGGAAGAACGGGUCGUGCUGGGAAGACUGGUGUAGCUACGACAUUCUUGACUCUGCAUGACACUGAAGUCUUUUAUGAUCUCAAGCAAAUGCUGAUUCAGAGCAAUAGUCCUAUCCCUCCAGAGCUUGCGAGCCAUGAGGCCUCAAAGUUUAAAUCCGGGCUCCAUUCCUGA